AUGGCCUCUUCAGAACCCGUGCAGCUGCCUCCGGCGGCCGAGCGCCAAUCCGAGUUCGAGCAAGCCGUCGCAUACGCCCUUCACCUGUGGCCUGCCCUCACCCUCUCAGUCCAGAACGGCUGGGGUGGCCCAGACUCUGCCGACAAGCGCGACUGGUUUGCCGGUGCCGUUGUCGAGCUAUUCCCCGAGUUCACCGAUGCGCCACCCUCCCAGAACGACAAGAACGCCAAGGUCCCUGAGGAGCCUGAUCUGGAGGAUGUCGAGACAGUUCUCCUGCAGGUCAUGGUCGACGAGUUCGAGGUCAACGUCGACGACGAUUCGGGCACCGAAGUUGCGACUAACAUCAUUCGUGCGCGUACGGGAUGCGCUGUGGGCAAAUUUGACGAUGUUCAGGCUCUCCGCACACGCUGGUUGAACCGCAAGGGAACAAAGGUUGAUCAGAUGUUCAAGAAGGCCGAGGAUGCCGACCAGGACACAGACUGGGAGAGCGACGAUGAUGAAGAAGACGAUGAAGGCGGUGCUGAUGUCGAGAUGGACGAAGCUCCCGCGCUGGUGUCUGCAUCAAAGGAAAAGCCCCAACCACAAGUCGACGAAGACGGCUUCACCAUGGUCACCAAGAAGAAGAGGUAA